AAAAUAAGUAGGCGGCUCGGUGCUAAGGGAUGAGUGAGUCGGAGCUCGGCCUCUCCCCGGCACGUUCUCAGCUGCUCCUGGUUCAGACCCAGCGAGGGAGCAGCGAGCGAGGCUCACCGUCCCCGGCGUGCAGGAUCCGGGGCUGCUGAGCGCUCGCUCCCGCGUGUCCGGCGCUUGGAGUCCCCGCGGCAGGAGAGGAGUCGGGACACUAGAGCUCCAGGGGCGCCUGUGGGCUCCAGCGCCUCCGGCUUCCCCAGUCCCCUUCAGCUAAAGCCCCAGAGACGUGCUCAGCCCCAGGACCUCUGCGGAACAAGAUCCGGAUUGAGAAGCCACUGCAACUACCGAAAUGGGCAGCAAAACCUUGCCGGCGCCGGUGCCUAUCCACCCUUCCCUGCAGCUCACCAACUACUCCUUCCUUCAGGCAGUGAACGGCCUGCCCACAGUGCCUUCGGACCAUCUGCCCAACCUGUAUGGUUUCAGCGCGUUGCACGCUGUGCACCUGCAUCAGUGGACGCUGGGCUACCCGGCCAUGCACUUGCCGCGCUCUUCUUUCUCCAAAGUGCCGGGCACGGUGUCCAGCUUGGUGGAUGCGCGCUUCCAGCUGCCUGCCUUUCCCUGGUUCCCUCAUGUCAUUCAACCCAAGCCCGAGAUCACCGCUGGAGGCAGCGUUCCAGCGCUCAAGACCAAGCCGCGCUUUGAUUUUGCCAACCUGGCCUUGGCAGCAACGCAAGAAGAUCCGGCCAAGCUCUGUCGCGGGGAGGGCCCAGGCUCCCCUGCAGGUGGGCUGGGUGCCCUCCUCGACGUGACCAAGCUGUCUCCAGAAAAGAAGCCCACAAGGGGACGUCUGCCUUCCAAGACCAAGAAGGAAUUCGUCUGCAAGUUCUGUGGCCGCCACUUCACCAAGUCCUACAACCUACUUAUCCAUGAGCGGACGCACACCGACGAGCGGCCCUACACCUGUGACAUCUGCCACAAAGCCUUCCGGAGGCAAGACCACCUACGAGACCACAGAUAUAUUCACUCCAAAGAGAAGCCCUUCAAGUGUCAAGAGUGUGGGAAAGGAUUCUGCCAGUCCAGGACUCUCGCUGUCCACAAGACGCUACACUCACAGGUGAAGGAGCUCAAACCUCCAAGAUCAAAUGCUAAAUAGAACCUCUGGGUCACAAGGACCCUAGGCCCAGCGGCCCUCUCCUCCAUAGGGACCAGAAGCCUGACUCUGGCGGGCAGCGGGAGAGGCGCUCGCGGGACCUUCCACCUCUCCAACAUUGUCCCCUGGGUCCCUGGCGCACGCGGCACUUCAGAGCCCCGCCCGGGGCCGCGACCCCGACCGUCCCUGCUGCUCCCCUAGGACGCGGCUAAACUCUUGGCCAAAAGGCGGUACUCACGUGGCGGAAGGGAAACUGCAUUAAAAAAAGAACGAAAGCUCCGCGGAGCCG